AUGGGGUGUCUACAUGGAGUUGGCAUAGUGUUCGGAAACACAGCACCCCACAAUACUCAGAACCUGACGGAGACUGCUUCAGCCCUUGGAGCAACAAUCUUAACCGCGCUUGAAGCCUCAAAAGCGACUUACUUGGUAGCCGGUAAUGUGCUUCGACUACCUGAUGGAAGUGACCCAUACAUCACUUCAAUCCAGGCCAAUCCCAAGUUAAUCGUGGUGUCGACAGAAUGGCUGUCAGCCUGCCAGGCCGAGGAGUGGAAGGUGCCUGCCAGCUCGUACCUCUUAUCGCCCUUCAGCGGCAUCAAGGUCAGCAUCACCAACUUUGGUGCCAGGGAACGCGACGCGGUGGUGCUCCAGCUGAAGCAGGGAAAGGCCAAUUACUCCCCGGAGCUCUUCCGCCAUACUACUCACCUCGUGGGUAACAGGCCUGGAGGUAACAAGUACACGCACGCGCGGGAAUGGGGCCUGUUCAUUGUGCACCACGAUUGGGUGCUUGACUGCCUCAAAGUGGGUCACCGGCUGGACGAGCGGUCCUACAACAUCGACACGUACACCCCAAGGGUUACAAGCGCAGCACCCCUGGCCUCGGGCGGAGACCACCAAAGGCAUCCAAGCAG